CCACGUGGGCGAGGCUGCACAGGGGCGCCGGCGCGGCGGGCCGACGAAGUGGAGUACCGGGUGGUGGGACCCUGCGCGCUGCCCCGCCACCUGGUCUGCCCAAGCGAAACGAACCGCAAGAGCUAGCUAGGCCUCGCCACAGGCUACUGCAAGAAAAAUGGCUCUGACCCCCCAACAGAUGCCCAGGUGGCUCAGCUCGAUUAGACGGAAUAGCUUCGUUGCUGCUGCACAGCUCGGAAAUCGUUUUCAGAGACCAGGAAAAACACUGUUGCGUGGAUUUUCUGCUCAGCCUCAGAUAUCCUCUCACAAUUGCUUUCUCCAGUGGGGAUUUAAGAACUAUAGGACUUCCUCCAUAUGGAAUAAUAGUUCCGAGUCCACCAAACAAGAGAUUAACUCUGAUGAAAGCACUAUGCUUCCUUCCGUGAAUGAGCAGCCACGAGAGAUACCCAAAUUUGAUCCUGAGAUGUCUCUAGAAGGACUGGACGAUGUGCCUCCAUUGUCUCCAUUGCAGCCAAUUUCAGAGGAGGAGGCUGUUCAGAUUGUUGCAGACCCUCCCUUGCCCCCUGCUUCAUUCACACUUCGAGACUAUGUGGACCAUUCUGAGGCUCUGCAGAAGUUAGUACUGCUAGGAGUGAACUUGUCCAAGAUAGAAAAACACCCAGAUGCAGCCAACCUCCUUCUGAGACUGGAUUUUGAAAAAGACAUUAAGCAAAUACUCCUGUUUCUUAAAGAUUUGGGUAUAGAGGAUAACCAGCUGGGAGCAUUCCUGACUAAAAAUUAUGCUAUUUUCUCUGAAGACCUUGAAAAUCUUAAGACCAGAGUGGCUUAUCUACAGUCAAAAAAUUUCAGUAAGGCAGAUAUCACACAGAUGGUCAGAAAUGCACCGUUUUUGCUGAAUUUUUCAGUGGAAAGACUGGAUAACAGAUUGGGAUUUUUUCAGAAAGAACUUGAACUUAAUGUGAAGAAGACCAGAGACCUGGUAGUUCGCCUCCCAAGGCUGCUAACUGGAAGUCUGGAGCCUGUGAAAGAAAAUAUGAAGGUUUAUCGUCUUGAACUAGGUUUUAAACGUAACGAAAUUCAACAUAUGAUCACCAAAAUCCCAAAGAUGUUAACUGCAAAUAAAAGGAAACUUACGGAGAUUUUCGAUUACGUGCACAAUGUGAUGAGUAUUCCCCACCACGUCAUUGUCAGGUUCCCACAGGUAUUUAAUACAAGGUUGUUUAAAGUCAAAGAAAGACAUUUGUUUCUGACCUACUUGGGAAGAGCACAGUACGAUCCAGCAAAACCUAACUACAUCUCUUUGGACAAACUGGUCUCAAUGCCUGAUGAAGUGUUUUGUGAAGAGAUUGCCAAAGCCUCAGUACAGGACUUUGAAAAAUUCUUAAAAACGCUUUAGUAUUUGAUGUUAAGAUGUAAUAAUGUAAAGUAAAUGUAUAUGUGAAUAAAUUAAUAUACUGUACUUCAAAAUAAAUACCACAAGCCUCAAUUGA